ACUACACUUCCGGACUGGAUGGCCAUCAAAAUCGCAUCCGUACUGGUCGCAAAGGGCAGCUUCGAGCGUGGAAAAGAAAUUUUGGAUUCACAAUAUCUGAUGACAGGAGCCGAUCAACGAUUUGGUUGUUUAGAUGCUUAUUCGAAGUCGUCAAGCCCGUGUGAGAUCGCGAAACUUCGUAAAAAUUUCCAUUUAAUGGCGAUAGCUUCAUUUGCAGCCAGAAAUGCAUCUGUUGACGAUCAUCAGAUCUUGUCUGCACUCGAGAGGAUCUUGAAUGAAAGCAGCACAGAAGCUGCGGCCAGUCAGUACGAAUCAGCGAAGCUCUUCUUUUUGUCAUUACUCGAUAUGCGUUUCACAUCGUUGAAAGACGUCUUCUUGAAAUGCUUCAUGCAAUUUCUUGUCGAAAGAGACGAAAUAGCCAAGGCGAUCAUGGAUUUGAAUGAAUUUCUUUCCUAUGGCAAAUCGAAAUCAACAAGUGGAGCGAUGUUCAUCGUGCUCAGAGCUGCAUAUUGCUCAAAAGAUCAGCAUUUGAUCGAGCAAGUAAAAACUUCAAUGGAAAAUUGGAUAAAAUCGAACUUGCAAAGGGUCUGUUUGAACGGUUGUGUUAUGCUCGCUGAAGAGAAACCAAUUGAAUUCGCUGAAUAUUUACGUGUAAUUCGUUUCGUUUGUUGA